AUGGCUACCACAAAUGUCUACGUCGAGGAACUCCAGAACUGCUUAAGAGAGAAUGCACACGGAAUCAAGAGCUUCACGCUGGGCAAUCACACGAGCACGGAGGCCAAGGCCAACGUGAUCCUCCUGGAAGAAGAGGAGGUUACCAUUUACCUGGACGGCCGCGGAUUUCGAGCAGGAACAGACUCGAAAGAUGUAUCUGAGACACUGGAAGCACUCCUGCAGGAACUGAGUCCCGGCUUUGGUCUGAAGCAGCAGCAGAUUCUCUUCACCAAGCUAACUCGGCUUCAGCAGCUUGAAUAG